GCCAUUGUUUUCAAACCACCCUGUACGGCAAAAUACCAUCCGAAAGUCGCGUCCUCCAUAACCUGGCGUCCCGUUCCAAAAAUACGUCGACCGUGUACGAAUCUGGCUCCAUCUCUGUCCCCGAAUUUAAAUUUGAAUCUGGUGCGCGGUCCAAAAAUAACUUAGUCGUGCCGUCAUGGACGCGUCGCCAGCACCUUCCGCAGAGCACGCGAUCGAAAAUGGCGAUAGCAGCGUCAAAAAUGGCGUGGACAUGGCCCGCAUAGAGGCCAUGGUGACAGACGAGCAAGUACUCAGUGACUCGGUGGCCAGAAAGAGGAGGAAGUUCACCAAGAAGAGAAGCACAAGCUUGACCAGGCGCGAACCGACACCUGCACGAAAUGUUGAGGAGAAGACGACCACUUCCGAAGAGGAGGUACCGGUCGAUGCUAGGCCGAAAACACCCGAACGACCCAGGAGGCCGAAGAGGUUCAAGUCGAAGUCGGAGACCAACGGCAGGGCGCUGAGUUGCAGCGACAUGAACCGCAGAAGCUGGACUGAAAGCACCUGCACUUCACCAACAGAAAGCCUUAUCAACGGAAGCACUAGCAUAAGCAGAAACGACAGCUUUAACGCCAGAUCCAAAACCAGUUCACUAGACAGAAAAAAGAGCUUGACAGACAUGGCGCAUGAUGAAAUGAUUGCGUUUCUGAACAAAACCAAGAAGUCUAUCACAAGUGCAGCGAAAGUGGGAAGAGAUAGGUUCAGAAAAGCGGAGAAGGCAAAAAGAAGCCAGUCUGCUCCGCAUCAGUUUACCGAGGAAGAAUUACUGGAAAGUAUGAAAAAAGCUAAUUUGAUCAAUGGAAAAGGCAGACCUAGGAAAUACUCUAUGGACCAAAUACCUUCUAUCACGCAGGAAAUAUAUUUGGAGAUAAACCCUAUAAUGCCACAGCAGACAAGCACUUUAAGGCAACGAAAAGGACCAAGACAGUAUUCCGAUAAAGUGAUAGAGGUUCUAGACCCGAAGACGUCAAAUGUAGUAUGUAGAAAAACAAUUAUGAAACCAGAUUUCCGCUUAUAUGAUCUCUUCCGAAUAUUCCAGUUCUAUUCGCCAAUGGAACUUUAUAGAUCCUACAGGACGUACAAAGCACAUAUGAAACAAGAAUGCAAAGCUAUCAAGGUACUUUGGAACAGAUGUAUGCUGGAGAUAUUCCUCAUAAUGGUGUUCUGUGGAUUGGGAGGCAUGAUUUUCAAAUUCACCGAAGGCAGUUUUGAAAAUUAUUACAAAUGUGGGGUUAAAAGAGUGAAAAGAGACUUUAUUGAUAUGUUGUGGAUAAGGAGUCACAAUUUGAGGGAAGAAGAUUGGAAAUCGCUAGCGCGGAAUAAGCUGAGGAACUUUGAGGAGGAGUUACAUGCUGCUCAUGAGGCGGGUAUGACGAGCUACAGCGGACAGAGGUCUUGGAGCUUUUUGAACGGCGUCGUGUAUGCUUUGACUGUUAUCACCACCAUUGGUUAUGGUCACAUAUACCCGACGACGACGACAGGCCGGGCCUUGACAAUAGUGUAUGCUCUUAUUGGAAUUCCACUAUUUCUCAUCGCCCUCACGGACUUCGGCAAGCUCUUCACUAGGUGUAUCAAAUUCCUAUGGUCUUUUGUCAGAAGAGUGUACUAUACGGGGAGCUGUCGACAAGUACGAAAGACUGCUCAUGUGCAUGAGAUCUUCAAAGGUGCCCAGAUGAUGUACGAAAUAGCCACAUUCCGCCGUCCUUCCCAGAACACCGAUCCCGAGGAUCCGCACCGCAACGAACACAAUAACACCAACCACAAAUCGGAUCUGCCAACCUCGAACGAACUCAAGCCAAUGGAUGGAUUGACACCUGUCAGCACUGCGACUUAUGUCGCGUCAGGGGAUACAGACACGCCUACCACGCCAGCGAUCUCCAACUUUGAAAUUGACGAUGAGUUCAAUUUACCCAUUUCGGUGGCGCUGUUCAUCCUCGUCGCGUAUAUUUUUAUCGGUGCUCUCGGCUUUUGUGCUGUGGAGAAGUGGAACUUCUUCGCGAGUUUUUACUUUGUCUUCAUAUCCAUGUCAACCAUUGGAUUCGGAGACUACGUUCCUGCCAAUCCCAUAUCUAUGAUCCUGUCUAUAGUGUACCUGGUGUUUGGUCUUGCACUGAUGUCUAUGUGUAUCAACGUUGUACAGGUAAAACUAAGUGAUACUUUCCAACAAGCGUCACAAAAGUUGGGCGCUACGAUAGGCUUCGAAGUGGACGAAAACAGUAUCACUACCGUAGAAAACCUUGAGAUUCCGCCUGUGCAUGGAAUCAUGACAAAGCCUACAGUCGACACAAUUGACGAGGCCAAAGAAGAACCUAGCGAAAGAAUAGAACAGAGGCCCAACCAUCUAGCGAGUCCUGAACAGAGUGACCUGAACAGUCCUAGCAGUGAUCUUAACGCUAACAAUGUACCACCGAACUCACCUAGCGGAUCAUAAGAGUACUUGAGUGCUUGCAAAUAGAGUGCCUGAUAUUGAAUAUAGCAAGGCUUGAACAAAGUCUUAUCACAGAUAUAAUUUUCAAUCCCUUUGUGUAAUAGUUGAUCCUAGACAGAGAACACACGCUAAAUAUCGCACUUUCUUUUGAAAGAAAUUAUAACUGGCAACAUGGCAUAACUGAGUGAGGUUAUGUAAAGUGCAAAAAUUAAAAUGCGCGCCUGAUGGGGGUGAACAUCCCCGCUACUUCUUUCACAAAUUUUUCUCUUCAGUCCUUGAUAUAUUAUUUUUUUCAGGUUAUCCAAGGAAGUAGAGAAACUGUUCUCGGUUAUUAGGGAGCUUGUUCUGGAAUCUCAUUUCUCUACCUAACGAGUUUUUGUCU